AUGUACAAUUUCGACAAGGAUCCUAAGAAGUAAUAGAAAAACUUUUUUAAGCAUUUUUGGGACUUCAGCGAUGAGCAGUCUAAGUAGGUGCAAGGUCAAUUCAUUAACCAAGAGGUUGAGAUGUGGUAGAAUCAACUUGAGUAGAAAGCUUAGUAGUUUAUGGAGGGAGAAGAUGUCCCUGAUUACAUGAAGGAAUAUUACAAGAGUUAAUAGGAAUCAGGAAAACCACAGACUCUGAUGGCUUAGAAUCUAGAAUACUAAUAAAAGAUUGCAUUGGAAAAGCAAAUAUUAGAGUCAAAGAUUCUAAGCAAACUACCAGCUAAUGCUCCUCAAUGGAUGCAAGGCUAUCACUUAGAAUACUAUGGAGGGUUCUUUAAUAAAUGGCAGAGGUAUGAAACUCAAGAUUAAAAUACAGGCGAAAGUAUUCCCUAUUGGUAUAACUAAGAUUUAUAAAAGAGUACCUGGGACAAUCCCUUACUGAUUUUAGAGUCUUUGGUUAUUAAUGGGAUUGAGAGCGAUGAAAUCACAGUUGUUAAAGAUUGGGAAAGCAUGCAUGGAACACCCUUCAUCGCUAUAUAGAUUCUAGGUUUGAAGAAAAAGGAUAAAAGGGCGUUGUACCUUCAUAGACAGAAUAAGCGCAUAUUCAAAGAAAACCCGAUAUAAGUAGUUAAACAGCCAGAUAGUAGUGCAUUGGAGAAUAAUAACCCAGAAUAGAAAAUUAAAGCAAGUUUGAUAAAUGAAAAAAGAGACGAUAAUUAAUCUGAUGUAGAUGGGGAUGACAGCGAUGCUCUAAAUAUUGAGAUUGAAGAGGAAAAUGAGCAGGAACCAGAAUAGAAAGAACAAGAACUGGCUAGAUCAAAAUCAGAUGAUUAAGAUAAUCAAUCUUUAUAAUAAUAAUAGAAUGAGGAAGAAAAUGAAGAUUCAUAUUAAUACGAUGAUUAGAUGCUUGAUCCAAAUGCAUAUGAUGAGGAUGAGGAUGAAUUGGAAAGUAAAUAAAGUGAAGAAGAAAGUGAGGAGGAAAAAGAAAACUUUAGCAUUACUCAAAUUAAGUAAUAGGCUUAGGAAAAAUCAUAGAGUAAAUAGUAAUAUGUGAAUGAAGUAGAUUCUGAUUAGUAGUCCUCUGAUGAUUCUUUCGAGGAAACGCCUGAGUAGAUAUUUAUUUAAAGUCAUUAAAGAGAGAUAGUCCAGUUCAAGGAAAUGCUUAAAGAGAAGAAAGUUGAUGUAUUCAAUACAAACUGGAUGAAGGAGCUACCAAAGGUCAUUCAUGAUCCUAGAUGCAGACUGAUACCAACUCAAUACAGAGAAAUGAUCUUUGAAGAGUACAUUAAAAAUAUAGACUUGGAUCGUUAGAGGAAAAAGCUGUGGCAAUAAAACUCCACUCUCAAGUAGCAGUUUAAUGACACUCUGUAAAAACUGAUAAUAGAAAAGAAGUUAGAUCAAGAUUCUGAGUUUUAGCACUUGAAUAAGCUACUUGCAGGGCAGCAGUUCUAUGAUAAAUUGUUAAGAGAAGACAAGGAUUUUCUGUAUUCAGAGUUCAAUAGAACACAAUAAAUGCUCAAAAUACAGACUAGAGAAAAUCAGGUAGAAAAGUAUUAGUAGUUAAUGAUAAGACUGCCCCGGAUGAUGAACCUAACUGCAGAAAUAACCUAUAAAGAUGUAAAGAAGGUAAUUAAGGAUGAACCAGCAUACAAAGAAUUUAAGUCUAAGACUAUGAAGCAGCAAAUAUUCGAAGAAUUCAUGCUGAAUGAAAUACUAUCAGAUGUGGGCUAGAAAAGAGCAAGACUGGUUGCAAUGGGCGGUCAUGAUGAUGAGGUCUAGAAGAUCGAUAAAAAAGAAAGAAAAAGGUUGAAACUAGAAGAGGCUUAAGAAAAGAUAAAAAAUGAUACCAGAUUUAACUCUUAAUUCCUAGCUUAGGAGUAAAAGUUUGAACUAUUCAAAGAGUAUAUGGCAGAGCAGUUCAAUAAAAAGAGGAAGGAUUUUAGAGAUUUACUAGAUGAGCACAGAUAUACAAUUAAUCCAUUUAGCUCAUGGGAAACAGUCAAGGAUUUGUUAUCGGAUGACUAAAGAUUUAAGGAUUUCCCUGAAAAAAAUAGGUUCCAAACAUUUGAAUCGCAUAAGUAAUUUUUAGACAAGAAAAUCAAAAAAGAUUUUGUGCAAUUCUUGACUGAUUCACUGACUAAGAUGACUAUUCUGAAAUAUAAGAACUAGGAACCUUUUAGUGAUGUUAUUGAAGAGUUAACUGAGAUAUUUGAGCAUAAAGAUGAAAGAUUUUUAGCAAUGGGAAAAUACUUUUAAGAUGAAAGAUAAACAGCUCUUGUUGAGGAAGUAAAAAAAGUACUUUAAAAGCAAUGA